AAGAAAGAUUUUUUUAUUUCGAAGCGCAGACAGCCACAAGAGAAAGAGAGAGAAAGGAGAGAGUUGUUUGAGCUCUUCCAUGGCGGCCACUAGUAGAGCUUUCGUUCUGUCUCGCUUCACUGACGUACCAUCCAAGAAGCUCCUCCACCCUCCCCAUCCUCCGCCGGCUUUGCCUCACCGAUUGUGCAGACGGCGUACGGGCGUUAACGUGGCGACCGUCACGAGUUGCCUGAGCAGCGGUGGGGUUUCCGAUGACUAUUUCGUGUCCACCCGAAAGAUCGGAUUAGAUAGGGGGUUUGCGGUGAUUGCCAACAUGCUGCGGCGGAUCGAGCCCUUGGAUACUUCAAUAAUCUCCAAGGGAGUCUCGGAUUCGGCCAAGGACUCCAUGAAGCAGACCAUCUCCUCCAUGCUCGGCCUCCUUCCUUCUGACCAAUUUUCCGUCUCCGUUACCGUCUCUGAGCAGCCCCUUCAUCGCCUUCUUAUCUCAUCUAUCAUCACUGGGUAUACGCUGUGGAAUGCGGAGUACAGGGUUUCGUUGAUCAGGAAUUUGGAUAUACCCGUGCAGCGUGGAGACAAAAGGACGCAGAGAGAAAGUUUCGAUUUGAAGGACCGACAGACUGAGAGAGAGAGUGGUAUUGAAGAACUGGAGACGAUAAGGCCGCAAGUAUUCGGGGAUUUGUCACCUGAGGCUCUGAAUUCUAUCCAACGGUUGCAGUCGGAGUUAUCUUGUGUCAAGGAGGAACUAAAUGCACAAAAGCAGGAGAAGAGACGAAUGGAGAAUGAGAAGAGUAGUAGGAAUGAUUUAUUGGAGUAUCUACGGUCCCUGGAUCCUGAGUUGGUAAAUCUUUUUUUCCUGUGUAAAGAAAUAUUGUCCGCAUUUUUAGAUAGCCAUAUCUCCCAAAAUAUCUUUGCACUCUUAAUUGGUCGACAGGUGUCCGAAUUAUCCCAACCAUCAUCAUCAGAGGUGGAGGAAAUUAUCCACCAACUUGUUCAUGGUUUGUUACAGAGAUUCUUUAAAGACGAGGCUACUUCCAAUUUCAUGGGAGGAUCUGCAAUAAGGAGUACGAGGACUGAUCAUGAUGCUGGUGACGAAAGUCGAACUGUUGGCACUUCCAGAGACUACCUUGCUAAGUUGCUUUUCUGGUGCAUGUUAUUGGGUCAUCAUUUAAGAGGAUUAGAGAACAGAUUGCAUCUGAGCUGUGUAGUGGGGUUGUUGUGAAGUAAAUUUUGGGAGGCAUGUAAAUUCUUUCCUCCCCCCCCCUACUCUUCUUUCCCCUCACGAUCCUUAUAAUUUUUCUUUCUUCAUCUGUAAUUUAAAUUCAGUUUUUCACUAACAUAAUUACAAAAUUAGUUAAUUUAUGAUGUUUCAAGUUCAGCA